UUAAACAUUGGUCACAGUGCACUUGGGUUGCAGUUGCAGACCGCGCCAGCGAUCGCGUUAGUUGCAGUUUGUGCGUCCACGGGGCAAACGGUUCCGUAUCGAUUCCCUUCUGCCAAACGGUCCGUGUGUGUGCCUGUGUGUGCGUCAGCAGAACAGUGUCGUUCCAGCGAUGGUCAGUUUGGAAGAGUUCCGCGCGUACCGAUCUCCGUUGAAAGAUUUCUACGACGGAAAGUACGUGCUGCUUACCGGUGGUAGUGGGUUUGUGGGCAAGCUGCUGAUAGAGAAGCUGAUAAAAUGCAAUGUGGCGGAGAUACUGCUGAUCCUUCGACGCAAGAAAGGCCUUAGUCCUACCGAACGGCUGGAGCAGCUGCUCGGUAAGGAAGCGGUGUUUGUCAACUACGAAAAAGAUCCUCAGCUGUACCUGUCCAAGAUUCGGCUCAUCGAAGGUGACAUCAGUGAGGUUGGAGUGGGCAUUUCGAACGAUGAUCUCGAGUACAUAUACGAGCGGACGAACAUCAUCGUGCACGCUGCGGCUGAUGUGCGGUUUGACGAAUCAUUGAAGGAGUCCAUACAAACGAAUGUGCGCGGAACGCAAGAGAUGUUGAAAAUAGCCGAAAAAUGCCGCCAGCUGGAGAUUUUCACCUACAUCUCGACGGCUUUCUCACACUGCGUGCUGGGCGUCAUCGAGGAGAAGUUCUACGAUCCACCACUGGAUCCGAGCGUUCUAAUCAAAGCGUCGGAAAGCGAGAACGAUGCGGACGUGUUUGAGCAGCUGUCGAAGAAGCUGAUCGAACCAUGGCCGAACACGUACGCCUUCACCAAAUCGCUCUCGGAGGAAAUGGUGCGGCGCUACAAAGCGAAGCUGCCAGUAGCGAUCAUCAGACCUUCGAUCAUUACAACCACCAUGGAAGAUCCAAUCGCUGGCUGGACGGACAAUCUGUACGGUUUUAACGGCGUAGUGUGUGGCGCAGCAACUGGCGUCCUGCGCAUAUUUCACAUCCACAUGGACUACAAGGCGAGCAUCGUGCCGGCAGAUACGGUUAUUAAUGCGACGCUCGCCGUCACCUGGUACGCGGCGAGCCAUCGCGAGGAGGACAACGUGUACAACUGCACCACGGACGACAAUCCGGUGAGCUGGCGCGAAACGCAGCACCAGCUGGAGCACUGGAAGGAUCGCAUCCCGUUCGACAAGUCGCUGUGGAUAACGACGUACAACACGACCCGCUUCAAGCUGGUAGCGGACGUGCUGUCCAUCCUGUACCACGUCCUGCCGGCACUGUUCUUCGACGCCAUGCUGCAGCUCGGUGGUCAGAAGCCGCGCGUGCUAAAGCUCUACCGGAAGGUGCAUCGCUUUUCCGCCGUGCUGCGCUUCUUCACCAACAACCAGUGGUGCUUCCGGACGGCGCGUAUGCGCCGCGUGCUGGACGCGAUGGCGGCCGACGAUCAGCAGUACUUCCCGUGCGAUGCCAAGGCGAUCCAGUGGAACAGCUUCCUGGAUCAUCAGAUCAAGGGACUGCGGCAGUACCUGAUGCGCGACCCGUGGAGCACGUUGGAGAAAUCGGUGCGCCGCCAUCGGUUGCGAACGUUUGCGCACUGGUGUCUGCUGGCGGUGCUGUACGGUGGAAUGCUGUACUUGGUGGGGAAGGUACUGCACGCGUACGGUUACAUUGAUUUUACGGGGCUGCAUGAGAGCAACUUGGAGGAGUGUCUAGAAGCGGAAGCUAUAUGAAAAGGGGAAGACGAGGUGCAGGGUGUUUUUGUGUAGGAUAGGAACUAGAUGAAAUGCGCUUUCCUAGAGAGCGUAGACCCCAGGUAAGGACAUGUGUUAUUAGGUCUUCUAGCGACAUUUUUUUCAUGUGAUAUGCCAUUCGCCAAAUAAAGCCAACUUCUUCGCCAGCGUC